UCAUCUAUUCCGAAUUCCAACUUUACAAAUACUGAUGCCGAAUCCAACAGUGGACAGCGAUCACUAGGUGUAACUCCUUUUCAUUAUUACUGUGACACAUUUUGGGACGAACAACCACUACACGAUGAUGAAAAUACGACUAAUUGCCAAUCUUGGAUUUGUCCAGAAGAAUUUUUUCGAUGCAACACUAGUCAGUGUAUUCCAAUCGAUUGGGUAUGUGAUGGAGAAUGGGAUUGUUCGGAUGCAAGUGAUGAAUUCGGUCUACCCGAGCAAUGGAUCAAUCACAAUGAACAUCUAUCCAACCAGUUGAAUGAUCGAAAAAAAUUAUGUAAAGCGAACUAUGCAGCAUUACCAUUUCGUGAUUUCUGUAACUUUAGUCGCGAAUAUCCUUGUUAUCGAUCAACAGUUUCCCAUCCCUUAGACGUCAACAAAAGUCGGCCGUGCAUCAAUCAUGUACAAAUUGGCGAUGGCACCGAAGAUUGUUAUGGAGGUAUUGAUGAAAAGAAUACUUUCAAAGAUUGCAACGGAAAUAUGCUGGGAUAUACACUAAAAUGUGGAAACAAAUCUACAGGUUCUUUACGAAAAUGUGACAAAGAUAUAGCAUGCUCAACAUCUGUACUCUGCUCCUAUAAAAGUAAGAAUUCGUCUUGGUGUGCUGGACUACAAGAUGUUGUUUGUCUGGAUGGAACAUGUGUAGAAAAUGCUCGAUGCGAUGGAAUGUAUCAGUGUCCACAUGGAGAAGAUGAGCACUGGUGCCCAUCGGAAAAAAGAUCCGAAGCCAGUAUAGGUUAUCGAUAUCUAAAGCACAAAAACAGAAGUAUCCAGUAUGCUCUACCUGAUAUACGCCCUUUUCCCAAGGUAAAUGUUCCACCUCUUGAAAAGAAAAACAACAAAUCACCUUUUGAAUGGUCAUCGUCACAAUCAUCACUAGUGAAUUAUUUCGUAAGAGAACAGAACAAUUCUAAAAAUUUAUUUUCUAAAAGCAUAGAUCCGGGAAUUGAAAUACAGUUAUCAUAUAUAUGUAAUCGAGGUUUUCCACUUUGGAGUCCUGAUACAAUGUCUUAUCGAUGCCUGUGCCCACCAACUUUCUAUGGACUUCAGUGCCAAUUUUUCUCUGAUCGCAUCUCAGUCAUCACCCAUUUGGAUUUGCCUACUUUUCCAGUCAAUAGUUCAGCUCGUUUAAUAACAGUUGUAGCUAGUUUCCAUUUCAGAAACGUCGUUAUGGACCAUCAUAUCUUUCACGUUAAUCCUUUGUUGGAAACUAACAAACCUAUCAAACAUAGAUUCUAUUUACUCUAUUCUCGAUCCGAUGCUUACUUAAAUCAUAAAAAAUCGCGAUAUUUCAAUCGAACCGACAUCCUUCAUGAUCAUCCAUAUGAAGUUUACUUUGAUAUCUUCGUACUAACUGAGAAUGCAACGGAACAGAUUGGUUCUUUCUAUCAUCAAAUCUACUUUGAUUUUCUUCCAGCUUUUCGUCUAGCUACUGUCUUAAAAUUUCCAUCAUGGAUCAGUAAUUCUACAUUUAAUCCCUGCAUUCCCAAUCCAUGUAACGCAAAUGCUUAUUGUAAUCCAAUUCUGAACAAAAUGCGAUAUUAUAUAUGCUCAUGCAAAUCAGGCUAUAGUGGUUCGAAUUGUGAGGAAUAUCAUACCGAGUGUUUGAUUUAUUGCAGCUCUGAUUCCAUUUGUCGAGCAAACUAUCGUGGUUUGAUUGCUAAUACUCAGCAUCCUCUUUGCAUUUGUCCUUUUGAUCAUUUUGGCCCUCGAUGUCAUCUCCGAAAUGACGCUUGUAUAUCAAAUCCAUGUGGAUUGAAUGCAACAUGUUAUCCAUCAUAUGAUCCUAGUGGAGAAAAUAAUGUCAUUUGUGUGUGUCCUGAACGGUUUUAUGGUGAUCGAUGUCAGAAUGAAAAGUUAAUGAUUCACAUUCAAGUAAAUAUGACAGCAUUGAUAACAGUGGGCGUUACCCAAUUCUACGAUCAUUUUAAACUAUUUAACACACUUUUAUUAUCCCAUCAAGAAGUGACACACGGUUUGCCAAAAAUAAUUCGCUAUGAUAAUGACCGAGAAGAAUUUCCUCUUAUGGCUCUAUUAAAGAUUUACCAAGAAUUGUCGAAUCCAAGAUAUUUUAUUGUUUACGCUCAAUGGCUUACGGGACCUAUUAAUAUAACUUCAAUACCCGCAGAAUGUCCACAUGUUUUAGACAUAUUUUCUCAAGGUAAUAUAUUUCUCCAGUAA